UCUCUCUCUUAACUUUCUCUCUCUAUAACCCCAAGGCCUGAGGGGGCCAGGCCUAAUCUUUACCCUAAAACCCCUUUUCUCUCGUUUUGAAUUUCAAAUUCGAAAUGUAAACGACCCACAUUGCCCCAAUUGAAAUCCGUAAUUUCCAUAACUUAUUAGCAACAAUUUAGGGUUUCCAAGUUUGGAUCUUUUCGCUCUCUCAAGUCUCAAUUAGGCAAUUCAAUUAUGGGAGACUCGACCUGUCUCAUGCAACCCUUCUCUUAUGCUUCUGGAAUUCCCAAUGAGGCUCAUGAGGGGAAUCCAGUUCAUGCUCUUGGGCAUUCGGUUUCGUUUGGGAGGUUUAUGACAGAGUCAUUAGAUUGGGAGAAAUGGUCAUCAUUCUCUCACAAUCGAUAUGUUGAAGAAGCUGAGAGGUAUGCGCAGCCCGGCUCGGUUGCACAGAAGAAGGCUUUCUUUGAGGCACAUUACAAGAAGGUUGCUGCUCAGCGAGCCGCGGCUUUGCUUGAACAAGCGAAUGCAGCUGCAAAAUCCAACAAUGCUGAUCCACCUAAACCCCGAACCAUGGUCCCAGCUCCUCCAAAGUACAUGAUUUGCGAGCAGGAGCUAAGGGAGAAGGUGAAACAGCGAAAUGGAGUUCGUAAGAAAGCUGGAUUGGACCAAUUUGAAAGCAUUGAGAUUGUGAAGGUAGCUGAUCUUGUCUCUGAAGAGGAGGCUGAAGACACACAUAGAGAAGAAGAAGCUGUAUUAGUUGAUACCAGUGGGUAUAACUCGAGCAUUGACCCACAAAGAGAAGAAGGAGCUGCAUUUGUGGAUACUAGUGGGUAUAACUCGAGCAUUGAAAUGGAGAACUGCGAAAGAGUGCAUCCUAUAACUGAAUACCCAGCCUUGGGGGAGAACUCAGCAGUGGCUGAACUCUCAACGCCGAUGCAAGAAACUCAUACCCACAAGGAGGAAACUGUCAUGGAGCUCGAGCACAGUGUCACACUUCAGAUGGAAAAACCUCUGUUAAAGGAGAGUCGCAGGUCUGAUCAAGAAGCUUCAGUGAAUCAAAAGAAAAUUAUUUUCUCGUCAAAGUCAUCAUUACUGUAUCACAAAGCACCUAAAGCCCCAAGUUCUCCAUCCAAAACCACAGCUCCUUGUUUUCCAAGAAGGAAGAGUAAUGCCACUCCAUUACACAAAGCGCCUAAGACCCCAACAUCCCCAUCCAAACUCACUACUCCUUUCCCAAGGAGGGAAAGUAAUGCUACUCCAUUACUCAAAGUACCUAAAGCUCCAACAUCUCCAGCUAGACCGACAGCUUCUUGUUUUCCCAGAAGGGAAGGUAAUGCCACUCCAUUACACAAAGCACAUAAGGGCCCAACAUCUCCAGCCAAACCCACAGCUUCUUGUUUUCCGAGGAGGGAAAGUAAUGGCACUCCAUUACAUAAAAAGCUGUCAACAGCUUCUGAGGACAAGAAAAGAUCUACACCAAAAUCGAUGCAAAAGUCUGUCAGUUUUACGCCCAUCAGAGAGCUUUCUAGAUUUACUUCAACAGUCAUGAGAAAGAUUGAAAACUCAAGAGUUGGUACUAGUUCUUCCAAGACACCUAAGGAUUCCUCAAUUCUUCUAAAGACUCCAACCAUGGUGUCUAAAAAUGAGGUGCACAAGCAUCCUUCAUUAACUCCUUGUUCAGAAAAGAGAAGGGCAAAAACACCCGGAGAUCCCACAUCAGUUACCGGAGGCAAGACCUUUGGGCCCAAUUGGCGCUCAAUCCGUACAGAUUGCUCAAAAAUUGUGAGUGCCUGCAGAAACAAAGCACAAUCCCCAUUUUCAUCUGCCUCUUUCAGCUUACGAACUGAAGAACGAGCUGCAAGUAGAAAGAAGAAGCUCGAAGAGAAGUUCAAUGCUAAUGAGAUUCUACAAGUGCAGGAAAAAGCAGAAUUAGAAAUUAGAAAGUUCCGUCAAAGCCUUUGCUUCAAAGCCAGGCCACUGCCUGAUUUCUAUAAAGAAAGAAAGGCACCACUCAAGGACGAGGUAAAGAAGGUUCCUGUUAGUAAUUCACAGACGGCAGUAGGGAAAAAGCAUAGUCCAAGAGGCGCAAUCUCUGUACCUCCUAAUGAGUCUUCAUUCAAGAGUAGUGGCUCCAGGCAUGCGCAGAUCCAAGCAAGGAGUAAGGAAACCCCAACUUGCUCUCUCAUUACACGAUCUUUAAAGGCUGUUCAUGAGAACACAUCUCCUAAUAUUCAGUCCUCCUGAGCUUAAGCACAUUUACUUUAGAAAUAGGGUUGAUCAGUGUGUAGCAGACAAAGAUUGCAAAAUCUCUUAGUUACAUGUUCCAAUAAAUUUUUGUUAGUCUAGGACAAGUAUUAGUUAUGGAAGCCAUCGAUCUUGUGGAACUGCCAUGUUGCCAUUUGGAUAUAGGUUUUGGCAUCUCCUCAGUCGGCAAGAAACUAGGAGGUAUCACACGCCACUCUUUGUCUACGAGCAUUUUUAUGUGUUUAGAAUCGACAUCAAGGAUUGCAAAAAUGAGAUUUGAAAAUAUAAAACCAUGGGUUCGUAUUUUUAUGUUU